AUGGUAUACCCUAAAGCUGUGACUUGUUCCAGAGCAGUGUCCACCCCCCAGUCAGAAAGAGCACCAGUUCCCUCAGACAUGGACCGGAGUGGGAGAGCAGAAGUAAGACUGGGGUAUGCUGAGAAGCGAACCCCCUUCCUGGAGAGUCACGGUGUAAUCAGGGGGGUCCUCUAUGUCGCCACUGUGAGAAACUACUUGGGGACGGAGCCGAUAAUCUCCCGGGCUGUGGGUCGCGCCGAGGACUGGAUUCGGACAGAGACCUUGCCGUCCUGGCUUAACGCCCCAGCCUUUGCUGCAGCCGUGGCCUUGAGCCCAGCCGAGUGGGGGGAUGAAGACGGAGAUGAUGAGAUCUACUUCUUCUUUACGGAGACUUCCCGAGCAUUUGACUCAUAUGAGCGCAUUAAGGUCCCACGGGUGGCCCGUGUGUGUGCGGGGGACCUUGGGGGCCGGAAGACCCUCCAGCACAGAUGGACGACAUUUCUGAAGGCUGACCUGCUAUGUCCAGGGCCUGAGCAUGGCCGGGCCUCCAGCGUCCUGCAGGACGUGGCUAUUCUCCGACCUGAGCAUGGAUCGGAGACCCCCAUCUUUUACGGCAUCUUUUCCUCCCAGUGGGAGGGGGCGGCCAUCUCUGCUGUCUGUGCCUUCCGACCACAGGACAUUCGGACAGUGCUGAGUGGUCCCUUCAGAGAGCUGAAACAUGACUGCAACAGGGGAUUGCCUGUCAUGGACAACGAUGUACCCCAGCCCAGACCUGGAGAGUGCAUCACCAACAACAUGAAGCUCCAGCAGUUUGGCUCAUCACUCUCCCUGCCUGAUCGUGUGCUCACCUUCAUCCGGGACCACCCCCUUAUGGACAGGCCAGUGUUUCCAACCGAUGACCAUCCCCUGCUCGUCACUACAGACACAGCCUAUCUCAGAGUUGUGGCCCACAGGGUGACCAGCCUUUCAGGGAAAGAGUAUGAUGUGCUCUACCUGGGGACAGAGGAUGGACACCUCCACCGAGCAGUGCGGAUUGGAGCCCAGCUCAGCGUCCUGGAGGAUCUGGCCUUAUUCCCGGGGCCACAGCCAGUUGAGAGUAUGAAAUUGUAUCAAAGCUGGCUCCUGGUGGGCUCCCGUACCGAGGUGACACAAGUGAGCACAACCAACUGUGGCCGUCUCCAGAGCUGCUCAGAGUGCAUUCUGGCCCAAGACCCUGUCUGUGCCUGGAGCUUCCGGCUGGAUGCAUGUGUGGCCCAUGCUGGGGAGCAUGGCGGGCUGGUCCAAGACAUAGAGUCAGCAGAUGUCUCUUCUUUGUGUCCCAAAGAGCCUGGAGGUCUGUAUGGUUUAGGGGAAUGUGGGUGGAGUGGGUGAAAGGGGCUAGAACGCUGUCCGUUUGGGACCCACUUUAAAAAUUGGAAGGUAUGAUAUAUACAAUGGAAUAUUAUGCAGCCAUCAAAAG